GGGGGUAGAGCCACAGUCCUCGGCCAGGCUAAGCCAAGCUCCUGCUGCACCUGCUCUCUGCCCAUCUUGCUCCCACCAUGAGCUGUCGCCUGCAGAGUUCCUCCGCCAGCUAUGGAGGUGGCUUCGGGGGUGGCUCCUGCCAGCUGGGGGGAGGCCGCAGCAUCUCGACCUGCUCAUCCCGCUUUGUCUCUGGGGGAUCCACCGGGGGCUACGGGGGCGGUGUGAGCUGCGGCUUCGGUGGCGGGGCUGGUAGUGGUUUUGGAGCUGGCUUUGGAGGCGGCUUUGGAGGUGGCUUUGGAGGUGGCUUCGGAGGUGGUGUCGCUGGGGGUUUUGGCUUCGGGGACUUCGGGGGUGGCGAUGGCGGCCUCCUUGCUGGCAACGAGAAGAUCACCAUGCAGAACCUCAACGACCGCCUGGCCUCCUACCUGGACAAGGUGCGCGCCCUGGAGGAGGCCAACACUGACCUGGAGGUGAAGAUCCGUGACUGGUACCAGAAGCAGAGCCCCAGCAGCCCGGAGCGCGACUACAGCCCCUACUUCAAGACCAUCGAGGAGCUCCGGGACAAGAUCCAGGCGGCCAACAUCGAAAACAACCGGGUUGUUCUGGAAAUUGACAACGCCAGGCUGGCUGCGGAUGACUUCAGGCUCAAGUAUGAGAACGAGCUGACCCUGCGCCAGAGCGUGGAGGCCGACAUCAACGGCCUGCGCAGGGUGCUGGACGAGCUGACCUUGACCAAGACCGACCUGGAGAUGCAGAUCGAGAGCCUGAACGAGGAGCUGGCCUACCUGAAGAAGAACCACGAGGAGGAGAUGAAGGAGUUCAGCAACCGGGUGGUCGGCCAGGUCAACGUGGAGAUGGACGCCACUCCCGGCGUGGAUCUGACCCGCGUGCUGGCGGAGAUGAGGGAGCAGUAUGAGGCCAUGGCUGAGAAGAACCGCCGGGACGCCGAGGAAUGGUUCAACAAAAAGAUCGAGGAGCUGAACAAGGAGGUGAUUUCCAGCACGGCCCUGAUCCAGACCAGCAAGACGGAGAUCACAGAGCUCAGGCGAACCCUCCAGGGCCUGGAGAUCGAGCUGCAGUCCCAGCUCAGCACGAAAGCGGGACUGGAGAACUCGCUGGCGGAGACGGAGUGUCGCUACGCCCUGCAGCUGCAGCAGAUCCAGGGCCUCAUCGGCAGCAUCGAGACCCAGCUGAGCGAGCUCCGCAGUGAGAUGGAGUGCCAGAACCAGGAGUACAAGAUGCUCCUGGACAUUAAGACGCGGCUGGAGCAGGAGAUCGCCACCUACCGCAGCCUGCUGGAGGGCCAGGACGCCAAGCUGCCCGGCUUCGCCACAGGAGGAAACGUCAGCCACAGCGCCAUCAUCACCGCUAGCACCUCCAGUAGCGGUAGCAGCAAUGGCCCCACACGCCGCACUUUAGAAAGCAGCAGGCCUUAAAUCGGCCAGGCAGCCCCUCCCUCUGUCUUCAGCGCCCCACGAAAGAGGAGAGAGCUGACAGUCCUCCCCAGGGCGGGUGCACCCUGCCCUUCUUCGCAGAGUCUGCUUCCUCUUCUCCCUGACCUGGCUCCUUUGGUUUCUCAGCUUCUCUACUAGAAAGGAAAGAUCAUUCAAUAAAGUUUCCUGCCUUUUGCAAACACA